GUCGACUCCAGUUCUUCGUCACAGCCAAUCGGAUGACGAGCUGCUCUCCGCGGAAACAUGUCGCCCAUGAAGCUGUGUGUUCCAGGUGACAAGCUAUGCAGUGCAGAAAACUGCAUUCCCGGCACAGGAGUAUAUCUGCGGCACGGCUACAUAUACUCCUCACUAGCAGGAUACGUGCUCAAGAAGAACGAGGGAGAGGAGUUACCAGUGAUCUCAGUGGUGCGGGAAACAGAAACGCAACUACUCCCCGAUGUAGGAGCAAUAGUCACCUGUAAGGUGACCAGCAUCAACCCCAGGUUCGCCAAGGUCCACAUCCUUUAUGUGGGCUCCACACCGCUGAAGGACCGCUUCAGAGGAACAAUCAGGAAAGAAGAUGUGCGCGCGACAGAGAAAGACAAGGUGGAAACAUACAAAAGCUUCAGACCUGGCGACAUCGUCUUGGCAAAAGUUAUUUCUCUCGGUGAUGUGCAGUCGAACUACCUGUUGACAACAGCAGAGAAUGAACUGGGGGUGGUGGUGGCUCACAGUGAAGCAGGUGCCCAGAUGGUUCCCAUCAGCUGGUGUGAGAUGCAGUGUCCGCGGACGCACAGCAAAGAGUUCCGCAAAGUGGCGCGAGUGCAGCCGGAGUACCUACAGGCAUGAGACGACUUCUUUCCUUCCACAAGGAACACACAGCUUCCCCUCCCUCUUUCACUCACGGCUGUCAAGUAGCCUCCCAACUCUGCUUCAGAUGUUUUCUGAGAGACUGGAUAAUGUGCAUAUCCUUGGCUGCUGCUGGUUUUGUGUCUCAAGUGUAUUUUCUUUCCCCCCCUCUGCACAUGGUGUCAUCAUUAGAUUGUGCCAGCUUGAAAACACUGAAGCAGCGUCAGAACAAACUGUCAGGACGUAUUCUAAACUCAGUAGCGACUGUUGUAAAGCGUUUUUAACUCAAAUGAGUGCAUGUGCCAGCAAUGUCGUUUCUUAAAGUUACCUUUUAAUUUUCUAGUUGCAACCUGAUCAGAGCCGUCUGACUGAGGAUGUUACAGUGCAGCUGCCGAGUGACCACCAUGUUGAGAAGCUAAAAGCAUAAGAACCUAGUGAAGAGAGGUCUUGUUUAAAGAUGAGGGAUUCUCUCCGUUUUGUAAAUGGGUAUUUUAGCCCAUCAUCAGGUCACUCGAGGGAUAGAGCAGUUGGUGCAUUUUGCAGGGUGCAUACAAGUAAGACUCAGGAAGGAUGACUCGACUGGCUCUUUGGAAAUACUUUGCAUAGUGUCAUGUAAUCAACACUUUUUUUGUCCAUAGAAGUGACAAAAACUUGAAUCUACUCAUUUGUCCUUACCAACUUUUCCAGUUACAAGUCAACUGAGGGACAAAUGUUGUCCACACAGCAGCUUAAAAGGAGAGUGAAUGUGGUUAAGAGAGACGAAUGUUAAAUAAAGAUUACAACACAGCUACCAAUGUGUAGAAUACUGAAGUUCAACUUGAUAGUCAAAUAUUUCUUUUUUUGUUUUCUAGCACAUUAUCAAAAACUAAAUGAUUGUGAGCCUACAAGAAGCAAGCAGAAAUGUCUCCAUUUAUCUUUUAAGUAAAGUCUACUCUGACUUUCCUUAUAGCUUUACUUUACAGCAAAUGUCAUCCAUGUGCAAGAUGGAAAUAAAACGACUAUCA